GACCUUUCGGUGACGUCACGGCUAGUCCUCUCGGAGGGUGGGAAGGAGGAGAUUUGAACCUUGAAUCGACCCUCCGCAGGCUGAGCGACCGGCGACGACAAGCGGCGAGCGCAGCGGGGAAAGUGGCCGGUUGCCUGUCGGCUUUACCACUUUUGUCCGCCUCCCCCGCUCCACCUCCCCCCUCGGCCUCUGGGGGAGAUCAUGUCGUUCAUUCUUAUGAAGAAGAAGAAGUUUAAAUUCAAAGUGGACUUCGAUUUGGAGGAGCUGUCGUCGGUUCCGUUCGUCAACGGGGUUUUAUUCUGUAAAGUUCGACUCCGAGAUGGAGGCUUUGCAGACGAGUCGUCUAGGAAAGCAGUCCAUGCCAACUGCGUACACUGGAGUAAGAGGUUCUCCUUUGUGAUUAAGAUGAAUGGCAAUGCCGGGACAGGAGUCCUGGAACCGUGUUUUUGCCGGGUGUCUGUGCGCAAGGAAUUGAAGGGUGGAAAGACUUUUGCAAAGCUGGGCUUUGCUGACUUGAACUUGUCGGAGUUUGCCGGGUCUGGCAGCACUACACGACGGUGUCUCUUAGAAGGAUACGACACCAAAAACACCAGGCAGGACAACUCCAUUCUGAAGGUUGUCAUCACCACACAACUAAUGUCUGGAGACCCCUGUUUUAAAACUCCCCCAUCUACAGCCAUGACUCUAGGUGUCCUACAGGCCGAAGCAGAGUGUCUCCUUGAAGACAGAAAGGGAGGGGACAUGCACGUAUCCCAUUCACUCUCCGCAACUCCAGUAAAGUCUGUGUCAGUCCCAGAGGAGCUGUUGGCGUAUGGUCACUCUAGAACACCCAGCCACGCCAGCGAACAGUCCAAGAUCUCAGGAUACAGCUCGAUUCACUCCAGUUCAACAGAUCUAUGCCAUCGGAGGAGCGCGUCGGGUGGUUCUACCUCCACGGGCAUCGGCAGCAUCAUGGAAACCAGCGAUCAGCACGGGGAGAGCAGGACCACUCCGUCGACCUCUGCAACCUGUCACGCUGCACCUGAACACCACCCAACCCCAACUAAAGUGCCACGACAUCCAGUAAAGCAGAACUCAGUGGAGAAUCAGCUCAAACGAGUUGAUGCCACAAGGGUGGAUGCUGACGACAUAAUAGAGAAAAUCCUGCAGAGCCAGGACUUCAGCCAUGGCGUCUUUGACUCCAGUGCAGAGGAGGAGGGGCUCAGCUUGUUUGUUGGUCCUGGAGGGAGCACCGCUUUAGGAAGCCAGCAUAUGAGGGUCGCAGCUGGAGCCUUUGAGCAGGUGGUGAUCAAGCCUUAGGCUUCGGAAAGCAUCUGCCUGUCACAACGGUGCCAUAUUACACUAAUGCGGGGUAUACAAAACGGAGUUGGAAAAGUGUCAUCAGAAGUUACUCCUGCCUCCAUCCAGGGGAUUUAAUCUAUUUUGUGCAAUUCCUCUGCAUCUGAGCUACAGUGUCUUUGGACUUGGAGAGCCCUCUAGUGUCGAAGCAGUGGAGGUGAAGGCCACAUUUGGAACGUAUUGGUGACUUAAGGAUAUUAUAGUGAACUGACAUUUCUCUAGAACUAAGGAUUAACAUUAAAAUUCUUUAUAUAUUGUUGACCCAUCUCCGUUAUUUAAAAACUAUCCAUAAGUUACCAACAUGCUUUUAUUUUGCUACUUUUGUUUCAUCAUUUUACUGAUUCAUAAGUGGCUAAAAGGGACAGAAGUUCCAUCGAUUUAAGUAACAGAAAACUUGACAUUGAGAAAUUGACAAUGGUUAGUGCACCAUUGUGUGUUGCCUGGUUCCUCUUCUGGUUAUGAGGGAUGUUUCAAUGAAGUUGUCAUGUUUUGUACCUUCGGUAUGAUGUCUGUUUUAUGUCUGCAUGUACGUAUGUCUUUUGUCUGUGAAGUCAUAAUUAAUAGAUGGAAUAUAUUUUUACCACAGAAUUUUGUAAAUCUGCGUAUGACAUGACUAUGUAUAUGUAUAUAGCUUAAAUAAAAAAUACAAUUUAAAAUGUG